UGCGUGAGCCAUAAUAUAUAAUUUAUGAUUGAAACACUUUUUUUAAAAACCGAUCACAGCGUGACUCUAUUUUACACAUAAUUAUUAUUGUAGGACGAACACCUUGAACGCCAGACGAUAUCAUAAUAUUGUACUAUAUUAUUUAAACAUUAUUCGCUUCGUCGUUUCGAUUAUAUUAUUAUAUAUAAUGAGUGUGUGCUUAUUAUAAAAUAUGUACAAUAAAUAUAUAAUGAUAUAAUAUUUUUAAUAUUAUAUCUGCGAUGACGAUAACAUUCGUACUGAAAUUAUAUCCGCUAACCACGGCCGCUGCGAGAGCUGAAGACGAUACAACUGCGAGCGCGCACUGCUCGUAGACGAUAUAUUAUGGUCGCCCUCGGCCGUAUAUUAUAUUAAUUGUGUAAUACAUCAAUAAUAUAAUCUCUUUCGAAUUAUCGGACGUACCUACAUGCCGUAGAUUUAUUACAUUAAUAUUUAUUAUAUACAAUUAUAAGAUACAUCUAUACCUACAUAUUUAUGCUGGACGAUCAUCAUCUAUAAAUCUGCGAACUCCGACGGCCGUGCAAAAAAGUAUCAUCCCCGAAUUCCCCUUCCCACCCCACAGAGUUUCCACAUCGUUUCGACUUGUAAUUAUAAUACAAGUAAGCGUACUUUAUCAUACAAUAUGUAACAAUACCUACUGCUGCAAUAUAAUAUUAUUGUCCACAUACUAUACUUUAAAAAAUCGAAUUUUUACACUUCAGUAAAUUUUGCAAUUUUCGGAUUAUCACCCAUACGGUAGCAGUUUUAUUUAUAUUUAUCCAUGACGUGAAUCUGUAGCAGUGCAGUGUAGUAUUUGGGUUCAAUAGUAAAUACUAUACGUUUAUCAGUUUACGCGGUCGUAUGCGGGUCUUUUUUUAAACGGUUUUGUGGAAGCGUGAACUUACUGUCCAAUUAUAUUUAAAAAAAACAAUUUUUAUAUUUUAAAUAUGUCGAAACGAAAAUUAAAAAUCUUAACGAUUGCGGAAAAAGUCAACGUCAUUAAUAUGGUCGAACAGAGCGGGAAAAAAAAUUAUGAAGUAGCAAACGCAUUUGGCAUACCGAGCUCUACGUUAUCGACUAUUUUAAAAAAUAAAACAAAAAUUUUGACGAAUUUCAAAUUGCAACCAAGCCGGAAGAAAAUUAAGCUAUCUGAGUUUCCGAAUCUGGAUUCUAGUUUAUUCAAUUGGUAUGUCCAUUGUAAGAAUAGUAACCUACCCGUAAGUGGACCUAUAUUAAAAGAAAAGGCCAACAUAUUUGCAAAGUCACUGGGGUACACGAAUUUCAAAAAUAGCACUGGAUGGCUGGAUAAAUGGAAAAAGCGAAACAACAUUACUUUACGCAAACCUUGCAGUGGAAAUUUGUCGAAUUUUUCUAUCAGUAAAGAUCAACUUUGUUUUCAAUGGAAAAAUGAUAUUUUAACCAUCAUCAACGAAUAUUCGCCUAACGACAUUUUCAAUGCAGACGAAACAGGAAUUUUUUAUAAAUGUCUACCGGACAGUAAUGAGCAGCUAUCUUAUGGAGAUGACGAUUGCCGGGAUGGCAAACGAAGUAAGGAACGCGUCACGCCGUCACGGUUCUUUUGUGUACUAAUAUGAGUGGUACCGAAAAAAUCAAAC